AUGUUCGGUGGAGGUAAUGACAAUCUUCCUGGAUACGUCAAUUUCUUAUCAUUCAUCACUAACUCAUCUUUCUUAACAGAGCAACAACUAUCCAAAGAGGAGAUCAAGGCCGGCGAGAUCGAGGCACAGCAAACAGUCCAGUUCGCUAUUGUCGGCGGUAUCCUUCUAUACCUUUCUCCAUUCGCUAUUGAUCUCGCCAAGAAGUUCCUAUAA